GGCUCUUCCGGGGGCAAAUGGUCAGGGGAGGAGACGUCGCCGCUGGAGGCAUUGGCUGCAUCGUCUUCGCUUACAUUGUCCUCCUCCGCCUGCCCGUUGGAAUCCCUCGGCUCGUCGCGUUGCUGCCAUGGAUCGUUCUCCUCUAUCGAUCCGCCUGGGACGUUCCCACCAUCCACCUAAGAGCGGUCCUCUCCUUCUUCUUCCUGUGGAUGAUCCCGUCCAAGCUCCUCCUCCUCUGCUGGAACCUCGGCGCCGUCCAAGAUCCAUCCGUCACGGCCAGCUUCCCCCGAUUCUUCGCGGCCAUGGCGCUCUCCAUCAACAUCCCGCGCAGCCUCAUCGAUGCGAGCAGCAAUGCGGCAGAAUCCAAUGCCGCUCCAGCUCCAGACGAUCGAUCGGCCCCGAUAUCCUGGAAAUCCUCCUGGAUAUGGCUCCAAGAAUCCCUCGCCUGGCAGGCCGUGAUCAUCCGGGCCUCGAUCAAGGUCCUGCUCGUCGUGCUCCUUUUCUCCGCCUACGCAUUCCGCGACCGCGGCAUGCCCGAGCUCCUCCUCUACCUCAUCUAUUCCCUCCAUAUCUACCUUGCCUGCUCGCUCAUCUUCGAGGCCAUCCCCGCCAUCGCCGCCGCCACGAUCGGUGUGAAGCUCGAGCCGCAAUUCGACAAGCCCUUCCUCGCGGCAUCCAUCUCGGAGUUUUGGGGCAAGCGCUGGAAUCGACUCGUUAGCAGCAUGCUCAGGGCCUCGGUAUACGAGCCCGUACUCUCCGUACUAACCAGGUUGGGCCGAGCCGGACCAGACCGUACGCGGUCACCGCUCUGGGUGAGAGCCACGGCAACCAUGGCAGUCUUCCUCGUCUCUGGUCUCAUGCACGAAGUGAUUUUUCUCUACACCACCAAGUCAACGCCGACGUGGCAGGUGACUGGGUUCUUCCUGGUCAACGGCCUCGCGAUGGUCGUGGAGGUGGCACUGCGAAGAAACUUUGGCCCGCUCGUCUCAAAGCUGCCCAAGGUAAUGUGCGUAGUGAUAACGCUGGGCUUUAUCUUCACGACGGCUUCUUUGCUCUUCUUUCCACCGCUUCAAAGGCCGGGAACUUGCUUCCAAGCUCUCGACGAGUUUGAGCAAAUGCUCGGAGCACUACUAGCAGUGAAAUAGCCAGUAACAAAGUUUGAAGAAUCGCUGCGAGUAAGAGGCGAGAGGUUUAGAAAACGAAGAGAAGCUUUAACAUGAUCUACCUGUUAUGCCAGUAAAGUAAGUUCCAACUUGGGCCUGUUUGGCUGCGGCUCCACAACUUGAAUGCGAAUCUUCACGCUGUCUAGCACUUUGUA